AUUUGUUGUUGUGGAUGACUUCGCGGAAGAAAGUCCUUGUUUACAAAUCCUUGUUGAAUCGCCAGGUUUGUUGAGUUACUUAUUUCUUUUGCUACAUUGUCUGUUAUAGCUCUAAUGGAUAUUUUAUUUACGUAUUUGAAGUCUACUUUACUCUAAAGUACGUUGCGUCAGUUACUCUCUGUCACUUGUCAUGAAUCGAUCAUCAAGCUAAUUUUCCGCCCGUUAUUUAAGUCUCAAGUCAAUGCUUUGUUAUGUUUGUGCCUUCUAUUAUUUAAUCUCUAUCUCAUGUAAUCUUCACGCAAACAACACACCACAGAAUAUCACACACGUUUAAACAAUGUGCAUAGCGGAAGUGCGUUGUCACAUUUGAUUUGAAGUAAACAAGGGAGACAUCCUUCAUAGAGAGGAGAAGUGUGACGUCACGUUAGCAUGGUAGGAAAAUUUUUGGAUCCCAACAUUAAGCAACGUCGAGGGUGACGGUAACGAAAACGGGAAAAAAGCAAUAAGUUUAGAUAGCAAAACAACAACUUUGCAUGUGCAUCACGCUUUUUUGUAUAUUUCUUAACUGUUGUUGUACGACUACAAUGUGAAACUUCCUAAUUUCACGCACCUGCUUUAUAAAGUAGUUGAAAACAACACAUUUUUUUUUCUUUUUCUAAACUGAAAUAUGGUCCCAGUACUCAACACUAACUUGUUUGGACACUAGUAGCUAGGCAGUGGGCUAUCAAGUGAAUUAAAUCACUAGCCAACGAGGACAAGUCACUGGUCAAAGAAAAAAAGAAAGCCCCCCAAAAAUAUACCCAGUGUGGGUGUGGAAACACUAUUUCCUUCCAGUGUCUAGUCUCCUUCGUGUAUCUUGUUUGUUUUCAGUUCUUUAUAAAUACAGUCAAUACAUUUUUAGAAAGUCCAACUUUAAACUGGUAAAAAAAAACAGAAAUUUUCUGUUUCUGCGAUAAAAGCAUAGUUGCAAUUUGCUAAUCUGCUUAGCGCUACUGUUUGAGUCCACACACUGCUACAAGCUCCACAAGAAAUUUUUCUGCUAAUGAAUCCCAGCCAAGGAUAUGUUUCUUUCAACCUUUGGGGAUCUAGAAAACGAUGACCUGCAUCUCUUUCUCUUCAUGCUGUGUGUGGUCCUUUGGAAACAACAAAAAUCUGCGUAAGAAUCAUUGGCCAUUGAAGGAUGCUUUCUCGUAGAUGCGCGAAAAAAUUUCAAAAUGGGGUACCUGUGAUGGAGUUCACCCAGCCCAGGCAUAAUUCCAUUUCCAACAUGGCAUUCGUUUUGCAAGUCAAUCAUACAGUUAGGUUUUACAUUUAAUACUCCAGGUAAAGAAGGGUAAAGAAAACCUAAGUAAAUCUAUUGAUCUGUUUCCUAGCUGCAAAUUAUUGCAAGUUUAUUGAGUAUCAAUUAUUAUCUUAACCGAUUUGUUUUAAUUUGUUUUUCUUUCCAAUUAGAGUAUUGCAUAGAGUUAUUGCAUUCAUCCAUCAAAAUGAUGUCCAGAUCGAUUUUUGCCAGACUACCUCAGACUUCUUCCACUGAGCAGUUCUCAAGUCCUCUGAUGAAAGUGCUUUGGAAAGUAAUGAUGGUAGCUGGGUGAGGAAAAAAUUAGAUUUUUUGAAUUAAUUUUACUUUUGGACUAAUAAAUCUUGGUGAAUAUCAUACAGUAAACACCCCUGUAUAAGAACCGUGGUUGUUUUUUUCCUACAACAAACAAGGUUAUAAAAAGUACAUGUGUAAUGAAGACAACUAAAAUUUUCCAUGUACCGAGUACAUGAGUUGUCAUAACGUGUAUCGCAAGCAGUAACUGGCUGAAAUGAGGCUUUUUUUCCUUUUGAAUUUUCAUAAUAUGUAGUUAGGCUGGAAUUAAUAUCAGCGAAAGCAGUCUAAACAAUUUGGGUCAUCCCACAAAAAUUUUGGCAAAGCAGGAAAAAUCAAUGCCAUAGAGGAAAAAUAUAAAUAUAAAAAUUUUAUUUAUUAAUUAACAUCCAUGAUGUUCUUCACAACAAUAAUGACUACAGUGUUCUAAAGAACUGCAACUUAAAUAUUCCAUGGAAUAAUUAUUAAUAAAGUUUGUUUAUGACUCAUCUAUUGGCAGAGUUGUUAUCUAUGGCUCACAUGCAAUACUGAUCAACUUGUGUAAAAAUGACCAAGGAAAGAUUCCAUUCAGCUCAGCAUCAGUGGUGUUGUUAAGCGAAGUUAUCAAGGUGUGACAUGAGAGUAACUAACAGUCAACUCCCUUCGCCGGUGAUGAGCAAAUGUCUGCAGUAUACUAUAGCUUAACCCUUUAAGUUCCAAGUAUGGCAAAAAACAAUUUUCUCCUUACAAUGUCCAUACAUAAACAUUAGAGAAUAGGUUUUGAGAGUAAAUAAGGUGAUCACCAAAUGGAAAAUGCUUUGAUCUUUCAUCAAGUUCUCUCAAACUAUUUUUAGGAUAUGUAUGGAUACCGCUCUGGAGAAGAAUUUCUAUAAUUGAUGUUGGGUCUUAGAGGGUUAAGAGUUUGUAAAUACAAUUGUAUAGUAGCAGCGCAUGAGGUGCCAGAUAAGGAAUUUUUUCAGAAACUUAAGUACCUUCUAACUGAGAAACUUAAGUCCCAGCAUCAUUGGAAAUUCCCUCUUCACUGAAUCAGAAGUUCAAGGGAAUUCCGAUUAAAGCUUCUUACUGGGCGGGCACUAAGCUAAAAGUGAGUACCUUGGAAAUCCCUCCAAUCGUCACAGGUUGUAAACUUUUCCUAAAGUAUAUAAUUAUCCAUUUCUAAUUGUGUUGGCAAUUAUGGAGAAUUUAUCAUGGGAGCACACACUUAACUGACUGUUUAUUACUUGUUUUAGUUUCUCUUUUCAGUGAUACUUCUACUGCCUGAGAUGUGGCGUGGUACUGUACACUAUCCACCAAUAAAAACAGUGGUUUUCUUCUCUAUCCCUGCAUUUCUUUACUGCAUAAGUAACAACACUGCUGUUCAUGUGCAGGUUUACUUGGAUCCAGCCAGCUUCCAGGUACAUUCAUGUACUCAAUUGCUUUGUUACUACACUUUUCAACUGGCAACUUCACAUAAUUAUAUAAUUCUUUGUACCCCAUUUUAACAAUGGGGAGGAGAGUUAGAACCAUGUAAAUGCUAGAAAACCGGGAAGAACAUGUAAAUGUUGCAGGUCAAAUUACAUUCAGGUUUAAAUUUUAACCUAGGGUGAUUUUUGAAUAAUUACAAUUGAGGUUAGGAAACAAAGAAGAUUGAGAAUCAACCUAGCAUAGACAAUUUCAAACUGAAUUUAACUUUGACUUGUUACGUUAAACAUGGCCUUUUUUCUGAAAAUGCAAGCAGUGGGAGUGUUUUCUUCUUGGGGUUAGGAUGCUGGUUAGGUUGUCUUCCAUGAAACGAGGUGAAAGUUACUGCAGUGGUUGUGGUGUGAGGAUGGUAUUGUGUGGCUGCAGGCCAGUCAAUGACUAUGCAAACAUCACCCUGUAGUGUCUAACCUGAGGUGCCUGUUUUCUUAGGGAGAAAGGAGAAAUCUCAAGGAUGUGUCUGAAAGGGAGAAAAGGCUCUCCCCUUCGUACUUUCCCCUGGCUUGAUAAUAACUGGCACCUGCUACAGUUAAGAGUUGGCCAUCAGUUUUUGGGGGAGGUGCUCUUAAUUUUGUCAACCAUUUAUACAGCUACAUUUUUGGAAGAAGAAGUACCGUCACACUGCUUACUUUUGGAAACUAACAUAUUUAACAUACCAAAGCGGGGGGGGGGGGGGGGAGAGUUAGAUUGGGAAGAGAAAAACCCUUCAAAAGCUAGAGGCAUGACAGGCAACAUGCAAAUGUAAUGGCCUGACUUUAAGGGAAAAACUGUAAAAAAACACGUGAAACCCUGCAAAGCAAUUAGGGAACCCCCACAUAUCUCUUACGAGAGGCUGCUAGCCAGCCUUGGUGGUGAGUUUAACUUAGCCUUAAUUUCAUUCAGCCACAUUUAAAAUGCAUCAACAGAGAUGAGAGUGGAUAGAGGUGCCUGUGAGGCUGGCGGAGCCUGGAAGUGCCGCCAAGUGCAGUGCAUAACCUUGGCAACCUCCUAAGAGUGGCGUCCAUUCAAACUCAGAGUUUGGUUGUGCUUGGAGAACACAGGGCUGGCCAACAGGGUGGACAAGGGGCCAAAAGCCCCCCCCCCCCUUCCCCCAAUAUAGGGUCCUGGCGAUACAAUGAUAAGCAACAAGAUCUUGAUGCCUAAACUUAGAGCGAAUCAAUUUUCUAAACACUCCGAGGGAAGACAAAUUCCUUAUUAUUAUUUUUGUUUUUAACAGGUGCUAUGUAAUUUCAAGACAGGAAUUACUGCAAUUUUGUAUUGGCUCAUAAUCAGAAGGUACUGACUUCUCUUCAUUCCUGAAUGCUGGAAGUGAGACUUUUAGUAUUUGAAGAGGGAUUGUUUUUGUUUUAUGAGUAAUAAUAUUAUUCUGUAAGUUUUGUAGUGAGUAAAUAAUUUUAAUAAAUUGUGAAACGUCUCAACCUUUGAACAAGUAUGUAUUUCAUUGUUGUUUGAAAUGUUUGGUUUUGCAUUCCAGGAACAUCUCAGAGAAGCAAUGGACUGCUCUUGGUCUCAUCACUUUAGCAGGUUGCUUUAAUAGGUUAGUCCAUACAGUAGUCCAUACAGGAGCUGUCAAUAGAAAAUUGUCUUCCAAGUCAAAUUAAAUCCAGAAAUUUUCAUCCAGCCAAAGUUGUAAGAGACAAAGCUUUAUGCUGUUUAUAGACAUGCAAGCUUCUCAACACAGAGCACUCCCUCUCUCUCUGUCCAGGUGGGAUGCUUGCCUUGUUCCUGUACGGCGUCUUCCCAGGCCUUCUCGGUCAAUGCAUUUCGGUGACAUAUCCGAAUCCGAGACGUAUCUCAAAAACUUGCUCGGGCCAAGUGACCCGAAACGCAUAGGCCGGGUGGCAUAAUGAGGCCUAGGGACUAGGAAGUGGGAUCUCACUUCUUCAAAUACUUUUUCUAUCCAGCAGUAGUGAUAAUACCUUAUUGGUAUUCAAUUUCGCGAUUUUUGUGAGGCAGUAUUUUGCGGGUUUUUUCUUUCAGAAAUUUCUAGAUAAACUGGAACAAGCAAAACACAUAUUUAUAACGUGAUUUUUAAAACUGGAAUUAAGCAAAACCCAUUUUUGAAAAUAAAAUUUUUAGUGUGUUAACUCAGGAGCCGAUUACUAGUACUCGACUCCUGGUUAACUUUAUCUCACAACAGAAGAUACAAAAUGGAACUGGUGUAUCUGUUGAUAGAUUUCCCAGAUAGUGUACGCACAUAACAUCUUCAAUUUAUUAGCCUAGGGACCCAACCAAAUACUUUCGCUUUCAUUUAAAUCCUACACAACCCUGCGUGGUAUUGUCUAGUUCGGGUACAUUCCUCUGAUGGGUUUAAAAAAUGUUUCUCUCAGCUAUGGAGGAUUGCAAACAUCGCAGGAUAUCAUUCAAGUACGGAACAACUCCACCAAUGUUGCGAGACAUGUAUAUGUCACAGUGACUGGUCUCCUGCUUAUGGUGUUUUACUGCACAAUGUCCGGCUUAGCUGGCAUUUCAACAGGUAAAUAUUCUCUAAAACACUUUGGAGCAACUUAAUUUUAACUAACAAAUUUUGAUUUGAACGAGAUAAAAAAAUCAGUUAACAGAAGUGGAAGUUUUUUUCGCGAAGUCAUCGUGAAGUGAAAGGUGGACUGUCUUGGUCCCAUGGAUUUGAAUUAGGAGUGAACAUUCAUCGAUCAUAAGUCACAAGUGGCUGACACAAAUAAAGAAACCUCAAUAAGCUCUUUGACUAAGGGACAACUCUCAAGGGCACCUAUUAACUUUCUUCAGUAAAAUAACCUUUCGAGGGAGCAAAUAUUGCCUAUAAAUUUCUAAAAACGCUUUCUCUAGAAUAAAAGGCUAAAAUAAAAAAUAAAAAAAUAAUAAUAAAAGGCUAAAAUAUUCUGGAUAACCGUUCCAUUCGUCUAAGACAUUCGGAGUUUUGCUACCAACUUACCUUCGAUUUUCGGAGUGCAUUUUUCACUUUUUAUUACCAAUUUAUUUGUUAAAAAAGGCCCCCUGGAAAUUUCGGUCUUAAGACAAAAUGCCCCCUAGAAUCUUCUUCUUCUAAGGGACGUACGGCGACGCCACAGCCUUGAACGUUCGGCCGUGCCCAUGAGGGUAGCUAACAGGUUUGGAUGAGACGAAAAAGCCGUUCGAGACAACCGAAGUUCCCCUAAGAGAUCCGAAGAGAUGAACAGUGUUAGUAGUGUUUAUGGCAGCUCGAAAUUGACCGAACUGGCUUCCAUGGCCUAGAGAAAACCAUUUGAGACACUUCUGACACAUUUGGAAACAUCUUCGUUCGUUGGGUGCCCUUGAGCUCUGCAAAGCAUUGAUAGGACAGUCUCCAAGAUUAACAGUUACUUUAAAAUGUCUACUGAGGUGGAGUGUGUUGUAUUAGUGAAAAAUUCUGUAAGAGGGGCUUAUAUGUAGUGCUAGAAGAUGGGAGUAGUUAAAAGGGACUUUGGAAAUGUGGUACAAUUCUUAUGAUACUGCCCUUACUAAUUAAAACAAUUCUUUUCGUUUAUUUUAUUUAGAGUACAUCCUGAAGAGACAGUAUAAGGUAUGUAACAUUGUUUUUUUUCUAUCCCUUUUUCGUAGCUAAGUUUCUCGCGUCAUGACAUUUAGUAAAGGCUAUAAAAACCACCAACAUGGCAUCAGCCAACUUUACGGAUACCUGCGUUAAUAAGGACACCCGUAUAUAACGGACAGUUUUGUUUGCCCCGACAAAAGGCUCAUAUGGUUUUUUCCAAAAUUAAUCCACUUAUUGUGGACAAAGGACACUUUUCUCUGUCCCGAGUCACAAACUCUUAUCGUCUACCCGCUUAUGGACUCUGGUUAUCUCCGUACUUUCUAACAAAAACGGCGAAUGACCUUCAAAAGUUUCUAUGUAACAUUACGUCCAUCUGACUCAGUCGAAGUAAAAGCUCUCUUAGAAAGUAAAGUCAUGGAUUCCACUGUCGUGUUUAAAAAAAUACUUACUGAAAGGUUCAAUGAUCGCGGGGUUUCUUUUUUUACAGUUGCGGUUAAGAAAUUAAUAUUUUUUUGGUAAAAUUGUCUGCUUUAAUCGUUAGAUCUAUAAACAUGCGUCUGUGACGUUUUUAUUUUUCUGAGAGCCUGCUUAAUACGGAGAGCCAAAUAAUACGGACACUGUGGUAUGUCCCUCUGGUGUCCGUAUUAACCGGGUUCCACGGUAAUAAUCCCUGAAUCUCAGUGUGAUUUGUUUUGUCAUGACCGCGGGGUUGCACUGAAACUAAUUUCUCUUAAUCUAUUCCCUACAACCUUUGAGUUACCGUAUUUAUUCGAAUAGGCGCCCAACCUCGAAUUAGCGCCCACCUCGAAUAAGCGCCCAUCCUUAAGGUGGAAAAAGUUAAUAAGCGCCCAGCCUCGAAUAAGCGCCCACCCCCACCCCACCCCACCUCCCUCUCACUCCCCCUCAAACUCAAAUAAGCGCCCACCCACUUCCCCCUACCACCCAAAAAAAGGAAUAAGUACUAAUAAGAGACUUUCCCGAAGACAGAGUUUUCUUCAGAGUGUUUUGCAGAAACCUUGCUUUGUUACAUCUUAUUACCAUUUACUGUUUUGUUGUAAAACAUACAUACUACACUUGUUGAAAAGGGUGAAAAUUUUAUAAGUGCCCAGCCUCGAAUAAGCGCCCACCUCGAAUAAGCGCCCCCUCUCAAGGUCCAAAAAUUUAAUAAGCGCCCAGGGCGGUUAAUCGAAUAAAUACGGUACGUAUGAAUUAUUGCUGCUUGUUUCUUUACUUUCUAAGAUCUCUCUGCACUUGCAAAACACUUUGAUGUACUUCUAUGGCAUGAUGUUCAACUUAUUGGCUUACUGCACAUCGGAUUCACAGCCUUCCGAUUCAUCUGCCGGUGAGUAACAACAAAAUGAACUUACCCCAACGGGUUAACGGUCAAGUCGCCCCAAAGUCAUCUCGAAACCAGAGUUAUGUCAUCCGAAUGCCGAGUUAUGUUCCCCGAAAUUUAGUCUUGUUCUACAACGUCCUAACAUGUUAUUACUGUAUACAUUUAUCGCGCUCGUUUCGUCUCAUCAAGUCUAAGAGAACGGGAUGUAUUACUCCUGUAUCGUGCGUGUUUCGCCUCAUCAAGGUUUAAAGCACGCGAUACAGUUGCACCUGAUUACACAUUUUUGGCGCUUGUUUCGUCUUAUUGUUGCUUAAAGAUCGAGAUACAUUAUACACACUUCUUUAUUUAUCCGUGUAGUACACCUGAUAAAAUUUCGGGCUGCAUGACUUUUGGGCGACUUGACUGUUUACCGCUAAACGUAGCAUGGCCAUGCGUGCAAGAUGUUUUAUACAUGGGGUUCAGUAACGUAUUGAAAACAAUUACAAGCUGUCAUUUCCUGACUUGAGCUUUUUUUCAGGGUUUUUCAGUGGCUAUUCAAAAUGGACUGUUGUCAUCGUUUUCUGUCAGGUAUGUUUGAACAAAUGUUGUAUUUGCCUAUAUUUGGGGGUGGCUUUAGCACUGCUACACAUGAAUGUCUGGCUUUAAGCUCUUCGUCACAUCGCGUUUCCACACCAAGUUUAGCUAAAGCGAAGCCAUUUCACCGGUUGACGCUGGGCUUUACGUCAAUACCACUGGUGUGACUUUUUUUGCAAGUGUUACUGGCCUAAGUUUCUCAAUAGCCUGCGAGCAAACUCUCCGGGAACGCCGGGAGAGUUUUCCUCGCAGGCUAGUUUCUCAAAUGCUAUUUUUUUUAAAUUGCAGGCCAUGAAUGGACUGAUCUUAUCAGCAGUGAUGAAGCAUUCGAGUAAUCUUAUUCGCUUACUUAUCAUUGCCUGUGCAAUGAUUGUCAACACGGCUUUGUCUAUGGCAAUAUUCUCACUCCAACUAAACCUCUACUUUAAUAUUGCAUUUAUCUUGGUUAUCUUGGCUUUGAAACUUUACCAUAGUUAAGCUACGAUAGACUGCUAAUUAGCAAAGCUUGUCCGCUGUAUAUGCCCAUCAGUUCUGUCAUAAGCCGGGACGGGUGGGGAGAAACUCUUCCUCACCCCCACUCGCGCUCAACAACCAAAAUUGUAAAAAAGAGUGAACGUACAAGACCCAAUUUCUGACUUUUGAUUUCCAAUUGUUCUUGUCACUCAAACUUCUUCAGAAAUUUACUUCGGCUGCAUUCGGAAAUCUUCGGGCGUCUUCGGAGAGGUUUGGGUCAUUGUCGGAAGUCCUCGCUUUGAUGAGAGGAUUAAAACUCUCAACCCUGUAAAGAGCAGUGUACAAUGAAGUGAAAUGUAACGCAAAGGAAGGACGAAUUGACAUUCCCUGCAUACCACAAUGUAUUCGUCUUUUGCAUUUUUCCCAUGUACUAUUAUUAAGAGCGACUCUCUUACUUAGAGGAAAUGAUGCUGUACAAUACCCAAUACAGUUGAAACUUGUCUGACAUCAUUGGUUGAUAUAAGUAAUACUGAACGUUUUCAGACUAAAUCAAUUUGUAUAUUAAAAAAGAUGCUUUUAAAAGUAAUUUCGAGCUAUCGCAACUGAUGUAAAUGCGUACUUUAUACCGUACUUAGUAUUUUUGAUCUUAGUUGAUUUAACCGCCGCAGGAUUAGCUCAGUCGGUAGAGCACUUGACUGCAGAGCGGAGGUCGCGGGUUCGAUUCCCGGGACCGGACCAACACUCAGGGUCUUAAAAUGACUGAGAAAUGAAGGUACUGCCUUUGCCCUGCAAAUGGCCAGACCCUCGCGUGGCUCGGAUGACCACGUAAAAUGGCAGUCCCCUCUCUAGUAGGAGACGUAAAAAUAGUGUCCCUAUUUAAUGCUUUCGUGCUAAUUACAUUGACACUCAAAUAAAGUGCAUUUUUUUUCUAGUUUUUAAACUUAGUUGGAG